AUGACACUACUACCGAAGAUUACCUUGCCCUCUAGGGACACAAUCAAGAAAAGAUGCACGACCCUUGAGGCUUGGGCAUUGCCCAAGCAAGACUCGAACAUUGCGCCCGACUAUGUCUGGACGAACAAGGACAUGGAUCCUGUACCAAUUGCCGACCAGACUUGGAGCAUGUGGACCUGGGUAGCAUACUGGGCAACCGACGUGAUAAAUCUGGGUACUUGGGAAACAGCAAGCUCGAUUAUCCAGGUCGGUCUAACCUGGCGUGAUGCAAUUCCUAUUAUGGCUGUUGGCACUCUCUGUGUCGCUAUUCCGGUGGUACUGAACGGAGCCAUCGGUGCCCAUCUGCAUGUACCUUUCAGCGUUAUUGUUCGUUCUGGAUUUGGCUACUAUUUUGCAUACUUCUGCAUUGCAUCCAGAUGCAUUUUGGCCAUGUUCUGGCUAGGCAUUCAAAGUGCGAAUGGAGCUCUCGCUAUGCAGAUCAUGAUUAUGGCAAUCUGGCCGUCCUUUGCUUCGUACGACUGGGAUGGUCCAAACAACACACUGCCACUAAGUGGUGGCAUUAGUACCGCCGGCAUGAUCGCCUACUUCUUGUUCUGGAUCAUCCAAUUGCCCCUACUCCUGAUCCCUCCCACUCGACUCCGCUACCUCUUCAUCGUCAAACUCAUCGCAGCCCCAGUCACAGCUUUUGCAACUCUUGGCUACAUGAUCCAUAAAGCAGGUGGAAGCGGUGCAAUCUUCUCACAACCAGGCACUGCAACUGGAGAUACCAGGAUCUACCUCUGGCUAAGUUGCAUGUCCUCGGUGACAGGCGUAUGGGCAACACUUGCGUGCAACAUCCCCGACUUCUCUCGUUACGCCAAAGGUCGUGCUGAUGGAAAGCCAAACUACGCCCAAUACAUCCAGCUGCCAGUGUUGCCCAUCAUCUUUACACUAUGUGGUGUUCUCGGUGUCAUCACUACAUCAGCGUCGAAAGUCGUGUACGGAGAAUUCUACUGGAAUCCUUUGAAUAUUGUAGAGCAAUGGCUCAAGAACGGACAUGCUGGAAGAGCGGCAGCAUUCUUCGCUGCAUUGAGUUGGUACAUCGCGCAGGUUGGUACGAACAUCACGGCCAACUCAAUCUCUGCUGCCAACGACUUGUGCGUUAUGGCGCCCAGAUACAUCGACAUACGUCGUGGCUGCAUGAUUGCUGCCGUGGUAUCUUGUUGGGUCAUGGUACCGUGGAAGAUUUUGUCUAAUGCAGAGACGUUCUUGAGUUUCAUGUCUGGAUACUCUGUCUUUCUCGCUCCUAUGGCUGGUAUUAUAGCAGCCGACUAUUGGCUCAUCAAGCGCCGCCACAUCGACGUACCAGCCCUCUACGAUCCACACGGUCGCUACAGAUAUGUGCAUGGCGUGAACUGGCAAGGACUAGUCGCGUUCCUCCUCGCUGUUUGUCCCAAUCUCCCAGGACUUGCAAACUCGAUUAACGGCAUUUCCAUUUCCGCAGGAGCGAAGCAUCUUUACGCAUUCGACUGGCUUUAUGGCUUCGUUUCUAGUAUCUUUGUGUACACUAUGUUGAGCAAGAUCUUUCCGACCAAGGAGGCGCUGAUUCCAAAGUCGGUUUACUCUUUGGAGGUGGUAGAGGGCAGAGAAGCAAGUUCGGAUAGAGAUGUUGAAGGCGAAAGUCGUACAAAUUCUGAAAAGCAAGGGUUCGGCAGUGCUCAUGCUGUGGAUAUGGGCAAGGCUAUAUAG